ACCACCUGACCUGCCUGACCUUUGUUUUGGCCACGGUAAACGGCUUAAUAACGGCGUGCUCCGCGGGUCCCCUCGUUUCCUCACUCUCGCGGUCUGCACAUCACACCACCACACCCACACAGCACACACCAUGGGCGGCGGAGCUACCGGCGGCGGCGUCGUCCUGCAGGACGGCGAGCACAUGAAGAACACGUCGAGCAACAUGUUUGUCAACGCCGCAGCGGCGACUGACAAGGAGCAUGCCAUGACACUCUGGCAGGGCAUCAAGCUCUACCCCAAGGCUAUCAUGUGGUCGAUGCUCAUCUCGAGUUUGUGUGCGAUGGAGGGGUACGACGUGUCGCUUGUGAACGCCUUCCCGCCCUUCAACCGCAAGUACGGCCACUACACGGGCCCAGAGCACGGGUACCAGGUAUCAGCCAAGUGGCAGACGUCGCUGGCCAACGGCGCACAGUGCGGUCAGAUCCUCGGUCUCAUUGUCAACGGCUACUUUACCGAGCGGUACGGCUACCGCCCCGUCAUUAUGGGCUGCCUCGUCUUCCUCGCGGCCGUGACGACCAUUUUCUUCUGCGCACCCAGCGUCCAGGUGCUGCUUGUUGGCGAGAUCCUUGCCGGCAUUCCAUGGGGCGUGUUCCAGUCCAUCGCCAUCUCGUACGCGUCCGAGGUCUGCCCCGUCGCUCUCCGCGGUUACCUCACGACUUAUGGCAACAUCUGCUGGGGAUGGGGACAGCUCAUCGGCGUCGGCGUCAUCAUGGCCAUGUUCAAGCGCGAGGACCAGUGGGCCUACCGCAUCCCAUACGGCCUCAUGUGGAUGUGGUACCCGCCUCUCCUCAUCGGUGUCUUUUUCGCGCCCGAGUCGCCGUGGUGGCUGGUGCGACACGGCAAGCUUGAAGAAGCGAAGAAGAGCCUGUCGCGGUUGACUUCGUCGAAAGCCGAUUCAAACUUUGAUCUAGACGAGACAAUCGACAUGAUGCGCCACACGACCGAGCUCGAGAAGGACAUCACCUCGGGCUCGUCCUACCUCGACUGCUUCAAGGGCACCGACCUGCGCCGCACGGAGAUCGUGUGCAUGCUCUGGGCUACGCAGAACUUCUCGGGCAACACGUUCAGCAACUACUCGACCUACUUCUUCGAGCAGGCCGGACUAGUCGGUACCAUUGGAUACAAGUUCGCCAUGGGCCAGUACGCCAUUAACGUCGUCGGCACCAUCGUCGGUUGGGUCAUCAUGUCGCUCGGUGUCGGUCGCCGAAGGCUGUUCAUCACUGGUCUCUGCGGCCUGUGCGUCACGCUAUUAGUCCUUGGCUUCAUGGGCCUCAUUCCCGACCGCAAGGCGUACGACCGCUCCAUGGCGACCGGGUCGCUUAUGCUGGUCUGGGCAACAUGGUAUCAGAUCUCGGUGGGCUCGAUCGCCUUCUCGCUCGUUGCGGAGAUGAGCACUCGUCGACUGCAGAUCAAGACCGUGUCCCUCGGCCGCGCGGCAUACAACGUCGCCGCAAUCAUCUGCAACACGCUUACGCCACGCAUGAUCAACCCCGAGGCGUGGAACUGGAAGAACUUUGCCGGCUUCUUCUGGGCAGGUUCGUGUGCCCUCUGCAUCCUCUAUCACUACUUCAGACUCCCGGAGCCCACGGGUAGGACGUUCGCCGAGCUCGACAUCUUGUUUGAGCGCAAGGUCCCCGCGCGCAAGUUCAAGACGACGCACGUCAACGCGUUCGACGUGGCCAUCAACCACCAGGUGGCCGAGGACAAGCCGGAGCUGUCGCACGUCGACCAUGUCGACCACGUUGAGAAGGUCUAG